AUGCGGCCGCGCGAGGGAUGGCGGCGGCGGCGAUGAUGAUGAUGAUGGCGGCGCCGCCUCCUCUCACCGUCCCCGGGCCGGUUCCUUCAACGCAGAAAACAGACCCCCGUCUCUGUCCGCCCGCAAAUGUACACAUCAACGCAUGCAGUGUUGGUUCUAGCUCUUGAAUUCUGAAGCAAGGAUGGAGAGUGACACGAUGGAGACAGAGGCCGAUGACAGUGGGCCAGCUGCGGACUCCAUCUCCGUUUCCUCCUUAAAGCUGAACGGCUUUAACUCGCAGUUGAGUGACGGCGAAAACGAAGACUUGAACUAUGACGGAGGUGAUUUGGAAGUCAAUCCUUUCGAUGGACUCCCUUUUUCCUCUCGUUAUUAUGAGCUCCUAAAAUGGAGAAAAACUCUGCCGGUCUGGGGUGCAAAGUACCAUUUCAUGGAAAGCCUUGUCAACAAUAAUAUGGUACUGGUGUCAGGCCAACUAGGAUGUGGCAAAAGUACACAGAUUUCCCAGUGGUGUGCUGAGUAUGCCCUGUCGGCCCGGUAUCAACACGGAAUGGUGGUCUGCACUCAACCCCACAGUCUGUCCGCCAUGUGUUUAGCACAACGUGUAGCAGAUGAACUGGACUUAAACGUAGGGCAUGAAGUUGGAUACCGUGUUCCUUAUGAAGACUGCUGCACAACAGAAACUAUUCUCAGGUACUGCACAGAUGAUAUAUUGCUCUGUGAAAUGAUGUCCGAUCCCUUGCUACGUCACUACGGAGUUAUAAUUAUCGAUGAAGCCCACGAGCGAACCGUCGCAACUGAUGUGCUCCUUGGUUUAUUGAAAGACUUGCCAAAGCAGAGGCCGGAGCUGAAGUUGGUCGUGAUCACAGCACCGUACCUGGCGGACAGACUAGGGAGUUACUAUCCUGACGUGCCUUUUGUGAAAGUGGAGGGUGCUGCUGAAAGUUCAUUUCCCAUGGAAGUCAUAUAUCGAGAUGGACAGUUUAAGGACUGUGUCUCAGCUGCUUCACAAACGGUACUGGAUAUCCACAGAAAGGGAGAAGAGGGCAACAUUAUAGUCUUCUUGGCCAGUGAAAAGGAGGUAACCGAUUGCUGUAGAAGCAUACGGACAGAAGGGGGAGCUAUUGGGUCUCAGUUGGGAGAGCUGAUCCCGAUUCCAUUGCAUUCGGGCACCGGAUGUAACUUUCAGAAGAUUUAUGAAAAUUGCAACCAGAAGUUUAAAGAUCAUCGUAGGAAAAUUAUCAUUGCAGACUCCUUAGCUGAUUCUUCAUUUUCUAUUGACGUUUCUUAUGUGAUAGACUCUGGAAUGGAACAAAAAACUGUAUAUAAUCCUCGCAUUCGGGCUGAUUCUCAGGUAAUUCAACCCAUUAGCAAGAGCCAGGCUGAGCUGAGGUGCCAGAGACUAGGUCACACCUGCCCAGGGAAGUGUUUCCGCUUGUACUCGGAAGCAUUCCACAACAAAAUGGCGUCGGUUCCCCCACCUAGAGUGUCUGAGACCAACCUGAGUCACCUAGUGCUUCUGCUGAAGAGGCUGGAUAUUGCAGACAUGGGACAAUGUGACUUCCUGGACAGACCAGCUCCCGAGGCUCUGAUGCAGGCACUGGAGGACCUGGAUUAUUUAGCUGCUCUGGACGACGACGGGAAUUUGUCAGAAGUUGGAAUAAUUAUGUCUGAAUUCCCCCUGGAUCCCCAGCUUGCCAAAGCUCUGCUUGCAUCUUGUGAAUUUGACUGCGUGAAUGAGAUGUUAACAAUAGCUGCAAUGGUAAUAGCAUCACCGUGUUUCGUUGUGCCACCAAAGCAUUUGGAGGAAUCUGCGGCGAUUCGCAGAAGGGUACUUCUGCAUCCUGAGGGCGACCAUUUUACGCUCAUCAAUGUCUACAAUGCCUUCAAACAGCAUAAUGAAGAUGAAACGUGGUGCCUGAAGAAUUAUCUGAGUUAUUCUGCUCUGAAGUUGGCCGAUAUCAUUCGUUACGAACUUUUGGAGCUGAUGCAGAGAAUCGAGCUGCCAAUCUCACCACCUAACUUCGGGAUGGAAGAGAACGUUCUCAACAUAAAGCGAGCUCUAAUCUCUGGCUACUUCCUUAAGGUGGCCAGAGAUGUGGAUGGAUCUGGAAAUUACUUGAUGCUGAAUCACAAUCACGUGGCUCACCUACAUCCUAUGUCGUCUUACCUCACCCGAAAACCUCAGCUGCCGCCUCCCUCCUGGGUCCUUUAUCAUGAGUUUACCAUCUUUCAAGACAACUGUAUCAGUGUUGUCUCCGAGAUUCACCCGGAAAUGCUGCUUGAGUUUGCACCACAGUACUACCUUAGCAACCUACCAGCCAGCGAGAGCCGUGACCUGCUGAUGGAACUGAGGGAGAAGGAGAGCGGGGCUGAAACCCAGCCUGAUGAGGAGUCGGAGGAAACUCUGAGGGAGGAAGAAAACUUGGAAGUGGGCGAAAAUGAGGAGCUCUGCCUGCUUCAGUAAAUGGAGAGAGAGAGGCGGUCGCACUGCAAAGAGAGCAAAGGCACCGGUCCACUAAUGACAACUGGCCCUCCGACAUGGCCCGUACAUGACCUGGGAACCAAAUCCAGCAUAGGAAAUACUUCUGACACUAUCUCGCCAUCUCUUAUUAACAGAAUCGACAGGAGGUUUGAUUUUUUAAUCUCUGCUGUCCCAGGACGUGAUCUUCAUAACAUGGGUGACAAUGUCAGUAACGCUCCUGGAGGGAGUGGGAAGAAGACUGGAAGGAGAAGUUUGGAGCAAGUGACUAAUUUCCCCCAAAGAACAGACAGUGUGGGCCACUUUCAAUGCUGUGUGAUUCUGAGAUUCUAGUCAAAACAUAUUUUGGUUCAGUAAACAGUGAGUCACUUUCAGAUGAAAUGAUUCCCCCGACCUAUCUUUUUAUCUGCCUAUUCUUCUUCGAGCUAGCAACUUGUGGUUGGGUCUGCUUAUCUUUUCCUGGGGCUUAAGGUCAUAAGUAAUAGGAGCGGAGGUAGGCCAUUCGGCCCAUCAAAUCUACUCAGCCAUUCAAUCAUGGCUGUUCUAUCUCUCCCACCUAACCCCAUUCUCCUGCCUUCUCCCCAUAACCCCUAACUGCAGUGUACUUACUGCAGAGUGCAUUAUAAAGGUCCCAUGUUAGAUGAGCUUAGGGGCCAUUUUCACCCAUUUGCGUUAAUGGCCCGUAACAUGGAAUUACCCUUUUUGUUAACGUGAUGGUGUCAACUCUGCUCUGGAAACAGUGAAAUUUAGUUUAAUUUAGAGAUACUGCGUGGAAACAGGUCCUUCGGCACAACAUGUCCACGCCGACCAACAAUCACCCAUACAUUAGUUCUCUCCUACACAAUUUACGGAAGCCAAUUAACCUACUGCACAUCUUUGGAAUGUGGGAGGAAACCGUUGCACCCGGUCUCGUCCCGAAAUAUCACCCAUUCCUUCUCUCCAGAAAUGUUGCCUGACCCGCUGAAUUACUCCAGCAUGUGUCUUAUCACCCAGAGAAAACCCACUUGGUCACAAGGAGAACAUACAAACUCCGUACAGACAGCAUCCAUAGUCAGGAUCGAACCCAGGUUUCUGGCGCUGUACGGCAGCAACUCUACUGUUGCACUUACGUGCCGAAUUGCCACAUGGAUGCGUGCAGGUAUUGUUCUUCUGAGCUUGGCACCAAAGCAAGUAAUUCGAUAUUUAAUUUUGCAGCUCGCGAGUGUUUUGUUUUAAUUCUGCCUCGGGCAGUGAAGAAAAUAUCCCAAUUUCCCAAAACUGGCAUUCCUCACUAAGAACACAAAACAAUACUUUUAAAAGCAGUCAGAGGCCCAAGAUUUUCAACAAAAAAAGCUUUUCUCAGCAUAAAUUCUCUUGAAAGAUAAUCAAAUUGUCGCUUAAAAGGUACUGUUUAAGUAAAUGAAUGUGAACAAUGAAUCGAUAAGAUGCCUAGUGAAGACGAAGAUUGUGGCACCAAAUGGCCUCUUUCUCUGGUGUAACACUUCAGGGUUCCAUGGCCAUCGUACUCGUUACCGCUUCUGGAUAUAUACAUAGUACACCUCGCCACAAAACCUCACCUCUACCCUGGAGAAAAUUCUGUAUGUGCAUGUGUGUCUUUAUCCGCAUGUGCGUGUUUGAUCUGUGCUCAUGGACAUAUUUGUAAAUCCAAAUACGUUGUCCCUUGCAGUUUGCACAAGAGACACUUGUAACGUGGACGGAGGUAAUGUAGCAAUACAAGGGUCGAAUGCACUACUUGGCUUUUUAAGAGGUUGGACACUAAAUUGGUUGUAUAGUUACUGGGAAUUGUAUUAUACAACUAGAUUUGCAACUUUCUCCUUUACUCCUUGUAGAUAGUUCGGUGGUUUUACCCCAGUUUUUAUGUUGGCUUCCGUUAAGAAGAGCAAGAGCUGACUAGAAUGCUGGAUCGGUCAAUAGUUCAGUUCAGUUUAGCUUCUUGCCACCUGUACAGUGAAAAGUUUUACAGAUUUCUGUCCAUAACACUUCAGGACAUCUGACCACCAUACGGCACACUGGAGGACCUCCAUCUUGACUAGUACAUCCACCACCAUCAUAGUGCUGAGUGAUGCUGUAUCUAGAGCUUUUCAACGUAUUACAUCCUGAUCCAGAGAUCUCCAGAUACAAAGUGUUGGGUCAGGUAGCAUCGCUGGAGAACUUCAGCAGGUCAGGUAGCAUCGCUGGAGAACAUGGAUAGGUGACGUUUCGGGUCGAGAUGCUUCUGAAGAAGUCUGAAGGAGGGUCUCGACUGGAAACGUCACUGAUCUGUGUUCUCCAGCAACGCUGCUUGAUCUGCUGAGUCACUCCAGCACUUUGUGUAUUAACCAGCAUCUGCAGUUCUUUGUUUCUACACAUGGCACGGUGGAUUGUUUAUUUGGAAGCAUCUCCACCUUCUGUAAAUGAUCUCAAGUACAACCCAGUUUGAUGCCCAGUGGAUCGGUUUGUAGCAGCUGAGGUGCUUAAGCCGAUAGUCGUCAUUGUUUGAGAGAACAGUAGUCGCUGCCAUUCUAGUUCCUCUCUCUGUGUCUGCUCUACGGUUUACUUGGGAGAAAUGGUCAGGGGGUGUGGGUUCUCAUUCCGAGGAUGAGCGAUUUCAGAGCAUCUUUCCACACAUUCUUUAGAUAGUCAUACAGCAUGGAAACAGGCCCUUCAUGUCAACUUGCCCACACAGACCAACAUGUUCCUCUGCAUCAGUCCCACCAGCCUGCAUUUGGCCCAUAUCCCUCUAAACCUGUACUAUCCAUUCACCUGUCUAAUUGUUUCUUAAAAGCUGCGAUAGUACCUGCCUCAACUACCUCCUCUGGCAGCUCGUUCCAUAUACACACCACCCUUUGUGUGAAAAAGUUACCCCUCAGGUUACUAUUAAAUCUUUCCCUCCUCACUUUAACCCAUGUCCUCUAAUUCUCGAUUCCCCUACUCUGGGCAACAGACUCUAUGCGAUCUAUCCGAUCUAGUCCUCUCAUGAUUUUGUUCGUUUUUGCUUUUCUUGAUUGAUCAGCAGAGCUUUUGCUUUGAAUAUGCUGCAGCGGAGUAUUGAAGUGUCCUAUUUAAU